CCCUCGCUCCUCGCUUCUUCCCAUUUCCUCCGACCCCCACCCAAACCCCACGAGCUAGCGCACCAUGGCGUCGCCGCCGCCGCCGCCGCCGCCGGUCAACCUCAUCGACGAUGUCGUCGCAGAGAUUCUCCUCCGCCUCCCGCCAGACGAGCCCGAGCACCUCUUUCGCUCCGCCCUCGUCUGCAAGCCCUGGCUCCGCGUCAUCUGCGAGCCCGCCUUCCGCCGCCGGUACCGCGCGUUCCACGGCGCCCCUCCGCUCCUCGGCCUCCUCCACAAGACCCAAGUCUGCGACGGAGACCCCGCCGCGCGCUUCGCCUCCACCACGUCGAUGCCCGACUUCCCCCACCCAGGCUCCGACGGCCGCCGCACGCGCCCUCUUGACUGCCGCCACGGCCGCGUCCUCAUCCACAUGCUGCAGGACCCGGAAGUGGAUUUGCUCGUCUGGGACCCCGUCACCGGCGACCACCACGUGGUGCCCAAUCCGGACAUCGACGUUAUGAUCUACACCGCCGCCGUAUUCUGCGCCGCCGCCGGCUGCGACCAUCUUGACUGCCACGGCGGCCCCUUCCGUGUCGUCUUCCUGGCAACUGAUGGCAACGACGACGUCGUCAAGGCGAGUGUGUACUCAUCGGUCACAGGUGUGUGGAGUGCGCCGGUAUCUCUCGACGAUAACUGUGAAUGCUAUGCCCGGCACAAGCGAGAUGCAACUGCAAAAAGAAGGUACUACAUACCCUAUGUGCAGCCUAGGCGAGUAGCCGCAAUUGGAGAUGCAGUCUACUUCACACUUUCGCGGUCUAGUGCCAUUGCCAAGUAUGACUGCGGCAAGAAUCGCUUGUCUGUGAUUGACCCACCACCACCAGAUGCAGAAGCGUACAAUGGUUUCAUUGCCCUCAUGGUCAUGGAGGACAAUUCACUGGGGCUCGCUGGUGUUCAGGAUUUCAGUCUGCAUCUCUGGUCAAGGAAGGUGAAGGGAGGUACAAAAUGGGUACAGUGCAUGGUCAUUGACCUGGAGAAAAUCAUGCCCAUGGACAAACCCCUCAAAGGCAAUGGAGCAAGUGUGGUUGGUUUCGCAGAGGGUCUGUGUGUCAUCUUCGUCAGAACAGAAGGUGGCUUAUUCACGAUCGAGCUCAAGUCCGGACUGGUGAAGAAGGUUCAUGAACCUGGGGUCUACUUUUCCGUCUUACCCUACAUGAGCUUCUACACUCCUGGUUCAGUGUUGGUCUGAUCUUCAUCCCGGGAUGUCAAGUAGCAGUAUCACUGUCCAGUGGCGGAGCCAGGAAAAAGUUAUCAGGGAGGCCGGGUGAUGCUAAAACUGAUCGAGGAGGGCCAAAUCUUAGAAAAAUGAGUUUUUAGCAUCAAAUAACCAGUAAUUAUGUACUGUUUAUAGAAAAAUUAGCUUGAAAUCCUGUUUGUUAGGGGGGGCAGGGCCCCUGCUGGUCCCCCCUGUCUCCGCCACUGUCACUGUCAGACUUUUUGGACAAACAAAUGGAAAUACAAAAUCCAUGUCACAAUUUGAUUUCGCAGCAAUAUAUUCAUUAUUUUUCAUAGGUCGAAAACAUCGUCUAACAGGUUGAAGUCAGAUAAGAACUUGAAAAUUUUGUGUCAAGGUUAUGCUGUCAUUGAGCAAAAAGGCACCUCUGUGGUCAUUUGUGAGUUAUGGAUUCAAGUCUUGUUAUCCUUGUGCUAUUAUAUGGACCGGUCCAUGGGAAGCUGGGGCAAUUGCAUCAUUUCUACUUUUCUCUAGAGCCAUUGUUGCUUUUUUUAAAAAAAUUGAAUGUUGUGCGUAGUUGUAUUAAAGAAGGGAUUAAAUGUCCAUACAAGGAAAGCUAAAAAGAGAAGGGUGGAGUAUGGGAAUGGAAGGGAAAUGCCGAAAUAGGGAAAACAUUAUUCUAAGCCUCUCAUUACAGUCCAUACCGAGAGAAAGAAAAUAAUGACUACAAACUCGUGCUGGAUAUUGCUAAAUAUUAAAACAACCUCGUGCUUAUCCGUUGUCCUUGCAUUCUCUUU